AUGGACGGCACCUACAAGUUCUGUUUCAGCAACAGCAUGUCCACCAUGACCCCAAAGAUUGUCAUGUUCACCACCGAUAUCGGGGAGGUCCCGAGAGGUCACGACAUGGAGACAGAGGCUCACCAGAACAAGCUAGAAGAAAUGAACAACGAGCUGGCAGUGGCCAUGACAGCCGUAAAGCAUGAGCAGGAGUACAUGGAAGUCCGGGAGUGGACACACAGAGCCACCGAUGACAAUACCAACAGCAGAGUGGUUCUCUGGUCCUUCUUUGAGGCUCUCGUCUUGGUGGCCAUGACAUUGGGGCAGAUCUACUCCUGAAGAGAUUCUUUGAAGUCCGGAGGGUGGUCUAGAAGGCCCUUCCGGAAGAUCCCAGAUUCAUCACUCACUGUUUAC